UAUAAUAAUAAUUUAUAUCCCUAUCUACACAGCGUCUAAUGUCGUCGUCGGACGUCUAUAACAAUUCGUCACAAUCAAACCUUUUUUCCCCGAGAAUAAAACAACCACGCAAAUCACGGCAUUUACAACACUUCUCAUUUCAAUCAGUUUUGCCGUUGCAAGACGACAAUAUGUCGCUGCAUCGGUACGCCUUUUGCGUAGCACUACUCAGCAGAGUAUUGCUUGGCUGCAAAACGUCGCAACCGUUUUUUACUGUUGAUAAAGAAUUAAGCAACUUCCGAGACUUGGAAAACAGAAUACUGGAUUUGGUCGAAUCGCCGAUGCGGUAUUAUUUAAGAUCGGACGUUGACUUUAAUAGUAUGGACUUAAAUUUAAUGCUUGGGGUAUCCAUAAUGAAAGGUCAAUUUAUGUCUUGUACAGAAAAUUCUCGAAUACAAUUUAAUACCGGUUUCUACAAGAUGUAUAAAUUGAAUACAAUGAUUAGACAUCUAUACGUGAAAUUUUAUAAAAACAAUUUAAUCAAAUCAGCAAGAACAAUUCUCGAUCAUAAACUUUGGAUUUCUCCUCAAACAUUAAAACACAAAUUCAAUAUUACGUUGCCUGCUAAAAUAUGGUUUGAUGAGAAUAUUUUGGCCAAUGGUGAUGCAUAUUUUCGCAAUGUUUCGGAUAAAUGCAUUGGUCAAGUGAUUACUUCAUGCAAUGUAACGUAUGAAUGCUUUCAACUAGAAUUUCAAAAACAAUUUUUUGGAUACGCGCUUACACACCAAGUGUUGUACAUUCACCUUUUAAAAAAAAUGAAAUGUAAAAAUCUGAAACAUCGAAAUGUGUUAAAAGAAAUAAUACAGCAUAAAUGCAGUACAAUUUUUGAAGAAGCUCAAUACAUGGCUAACGAUUUAGAAAUGCUCGAUAGAUACAAAGAUUUAUUCAUUGAACAAAUUGCAGUUUGUGGAAUGCAAAACAUGGUGGAUUUCUUUCGGCCGGAAUGGUUUUCAAUUAUUGUAUCUUCAAUGAAACACAACAAGUGUAUUCAACACAAAAAUAAUCAAUCGUCUUGUGAUUCACACUUGACAGGAGUAUCAUUGGCAGCGUUGGGAGUGUACUGGAAGUUUCUAUGUUACAAAGUCAACACAUACGGAGCAUAUUGAUUUUCAAAAUACUAUAAUUAUAUAAUAUUGGAUAAUAUACAUUUACCAUUUCAUUUUGGUCAUUAGGAUACAAUAUGGAAGAUUUACAAUACAAAAAUAUUUACACAAUUUCGUUAUUACACCAUAAUUAUUAUAUAUAUAUAUAUAUGUGUGUGUAUAAUAUAUAAUAUAAUAAAAAUAUUACAACGCACAUUUUGUCCAAUUAAUCAGUUUGCGAUAUAAUAUAAUUAUUAUCAAACGUAUAUGUUAUAUUAUAUAGUCGGCUCCAUUAAGGAGCUCUGCGUUUUUUUUUUUAAUGACAAUAUUAUGUAAA